AUGUUUUUUUUUCAUUUAUCUUUGCGAAAAAUUCUUUCUUUGUUUUGCUUUUUUUUUUCUUCUGUUUUCUUAUUCGUUCUUUUCCUUUCUUUCUUUUUCCUUUUUUAUUUUAUAUCACUCUUUCUUAUUUCUUCUUCAUUUUCCUUCUUUCUUUUUCUCUAUUUCUAUUCCGUCUUUUCCCUUCUCUUUUUUUCUUUCGUCUUUAUGCAUAUUUUCUUCAUUUUUCUUCAUCAGGCUUUCAUCUUCCUUUUUCUUUGUUCUUUUUUUUUAUUGCUUUUCUUUAUUUUCUUAUUUCUUCAUUCUCCUUUCUGUUUUUAUUUCAUUUCUUCUUCGGCUGCUGCUGCUUCUUCUCCUUUCUUCUUCUUACCCGUUCUUCGAUGUUUUCCGUUCUUUUUUCAUUAUCUUUCUUUCUUUUUUUCGUUCAUUCUUUUCUUCUUCUGUGUUCAUUCUUCUUUUUGGCCUUUCUUUUUCUUCUUCUUACUUCUUCACUCCUUUUGUUUUGGUUUCUUUUUCAUCUUUUUCUUUUUUCCUUCUUUUUUUUUCUUUCUUUCUUUUUCUUUUACGUUUCUUUUUCCGUCUUUUUUUGUUUCUUUUUCUUUUUUCUCGUGCCUUUCUUUUUCUUUUUGUUUCUUUCUUCUUUUUCUUUUAGGUUUCUUUUUCCGUCUUUUUUGGUUCUUUUUUUCCAUCUUUUUCUUUUUUUUCUCAUUCCUUUCUUUUUCUUUUUUUUUUCUUUCUUCUUCUUUUUCUUUUACGUUUCUUUUUCCGUCUUUUUUGUUUCUUUUUCCGUCUUUUUUUGUUUCUUUUUCUUUUUUCUCGUGCCUUUCUUUUUCUUUUUGUUUCUUUCUUCUUUUUCUUUUAGGUUUCUUUUUCCGUCUUUUUGGUUCUUUUUCCAUCUUUUUCUUUUUUCUCAUUCCUUUCUUUUUCUUUUUCUUUCUUUCUUCUUCUUUUCCUUUUAGGUUUCUUUUUCCGUCUUUUUUGUUUCUUUUUCCGUCUUUUUGCUUCUUUUUCCAUCUUUUUCUUUUUUCUCAUUCCUUUCUUUUUCUUUUUCUUUCUUUCUUCUUCUUUUUCUUUUACGUUUCUUUUUCCGUCUUUUUUGUUUCUUUUUCCGUCUUUUUUGUUUCUUUUUCUUUUUUCUCGUGCCUUUCUUUUUCUUUUUGUUUCUUUCUUCUUUUUCUUUUAGGUUUCUUUUUCCGUCUUUUUGGUUCUUUUUCCAUCUUUUUCUUUUUUCUCAUUCCUUUCUUUUUCUUUUUCUUUCUUUCUUCUUCUUUUCCUUUUAGGUUUCUUUUUCCGUCUUUUUUGUUUCUUUUUCCGUCUUUUUCUCUUUUAUCAUUCCUUUCUUUUCUUUUUGUUUCUUUUUCCUUCUUUUCUUUUUUGAUUUUCCUCCUUUUUCUUUUCUGUUUCUUUUUCCUUCUUUCUCUUUUUUGUUUCUUUUUCCCGCUUUACCUUUUUUAUUUUCUUUCUUUUUCUUUUUUGUUUCUUUUCCCAUCUUUUUCUUUUUCUUUCUCUUUUGCGUUCUAUUUCUUUUUAUUUUCUUUUAGUUUUUCUUCAUCUCAUUUAUUCUUCGUUCUUUUUCCUUCAUUUUUGUCUUCUUUCUUUUUUCCUCCUCUUCUUCAUUCUCUUUCAUUUUCCGUCCCGUUUUCUUCUUACUUCUCUUUUUUCUUUCUAUUUUUCUUAUUUCUCUGUUUCUCUUUCAUUUUCUUCACUCCUUUUCUUCUUUAG